AAUUCGAUAUGUCAUAUAGUUUUCUGUCUAAAUACAGUAUAUAUAAGUAUAUUUGUAGGAAUCCUUUUUCCCUUGGUCUUCAAAAUUAAAUUUCGUAUAUGUUUCGAUACCCUGACUCUAAACAAAACCAAUAUUUCAUGUUUUAUCAGUUAACGAGAGCAAUCUCUUGAGUUCGUAGGAAAAAGUGACAGAAACCCGCAGUCCCAAACGAGAACAUUAUACCGAACUGGUCGUACAUACAUAUAUAUAUAUCGAUAUAUAUAUAUAUAUAUAUAUAUAUGUAUGUAUGUGUGUAUAUAUAAAUAUAUAUCUAUAUAUUUUGUUACAAGAGCUGAAUACAAAUUCAGUCGGCGCGGCGCAAAAGUAAAAGAAAAUCUUCAGCUGAAGAUGGCCCAGCAUGAGGAAAUUGGCAAUGUGAACAUCUGGUGGUUUCCACAGGACUUUUGCCAAUCCCGCUAUGGCGAUUAUCGACAGAGCGGCAAAAAUUCCUGUACGUUAAUCUCAUUGAUUGUUGCCGAUAAGGUGGCCAGGAUGCCAAGUCUAUGCCACAGCGUAUCGGAGCUGCCAGAUGUGGCCUGGGAUCUGAUUGGCGACUCAAUCAACGAUGGCAAUAUCGUCUAUCACGACCUCAUCUCAGCUAAUCGCAAUAUAAAUAUACCAGAUGCCCUGAAGGCGAUACGAUCCCAUCAGAAGAUUAACUUUCGCCUGAGAGAAUGGUUCUUCACGCAGGUCGGCUCCGAUCCGCUCAGUCCAAUGAUUGUCGGGGUCGAACUGUCACGCAUCUUCACUACCACGCUGGAGGCAUUCCAGAAGGCCGACGGCUGGGAUGUGCCCUCCCAUCUGUUUGCCGCCAUUGUCGCCGACUGUCGCACAGUAAUGGUGUCCAUCGACUUGCGCACCUCGAUUGCGGCCAUCAUCGAUUCGCAUCAGCAUGGCAGUGAUGCCGGCGCCCUCUUUGCCCAAAGCACCAUACAUUAUAUCAGUGAUCUGAUGUUCUGGUUCAUUAGCAUGCUGGAUCACAUCUAUUCCAGUCAUCCGGCUAUCUUCGAGAUAUCCUUCCUCUGCACCAUGCCCGACAUAGCACUGCGAAUUCCCCCCGCGGUCGAGCAAUAUGCCAACAAAAUCUGCAAGCCCAAGGAGAAAGCGUCGAAGCUGACAUAAUUCUGCCUUGAGUCACAUUAUUAAUUUCACUUCAACAAGAUUUCCAUCCGGAAUGCAGCCCCGUCAAGAAGCAUGAAAAUAAUUAAGUUGACGCUCGUUGGUUAAUUUACGUGUUAAUGUUGAGUUCAUAAUUUCUUGUUUCUGUUGAUUAAUACAAAUUCUUAG